GGGGAGGCGGGCGGCCGCCGUACCUGGCGCCCUCUGCCCGGGGAGGAGCGCGCCGCGCCGCUCCGGCCCUGGCCCCGGCCCCAACGGCACCGACGCCGGCACCGACGCCGAGCAGGACGGAGACUUUGGCUGUAUUUUUCAUAACUGCGUGAAGCUAGAAAUCUUAACGGAUGCCUGUGCCGCCACCACCUCCUCCUCCACCGCCUCCACCACCUUCUGGAGGGCCCCCUCCACCACCGCCUCUGGCAAGUUCAGAGGUACCAAAAUUGCGAAAGGAAGACCAAAAAGCACGAAAUGCACUCUUAGCCGAUAUCCAGCAGGGAACUCGCCUAAGAAAAGUGACUCAAAUCAAUGACCGCAGCGCACCACAGAUUGAAAAACCUAAAGGAGCUAACAGAGAUGGGGUUAAUCCAGCUACCAAUAAAAGUGGCUCUCAGCCGCCUCUGGGAGGGUUAUUUGCAGGUGGCUUUCCUGUUCUCAGACCAGCAGGCCAGAGGGAUGUGCCAGCUGGGAGGCCUGCGCAGCUUCCUGGGGCCCGAGCAGCGGCUCCCAGGACCUCUGUCCCACCGAGCAGCAGCGCCGCAAAGGCGAACAGUAACCCCUUGCACGCGGCCGAGGCCCCAAGGGCACCAGUCCCACCAGAGCCCCCCAGCACCUCCAGAGCCGGAGCCGGCCCCUGGCGGCCCAGCCUGCCCGCCCCCCCUCCACCACCUCCUGCUUCCAGCAAACCUUCCCUCACUUUCCCUCCUCCUCCCCCUCUCCCCCCUCCAGCCGAGCGCCCUGCCAAGGGGGUGUCCCCCAACGCUGCUCCUCUGCCCCCGCUCCCUCCUCCUCAGGCUGACAAACCCACAAAGUUAACAGCAGGAGCUGCACACCCACCCGCACCGCCGCCCCCUCCUCCGCCUCCCCUGCCCCCCGUGCCCCCCUGCGGGUUUCCCAGCAGGACACCCGAUUUCUCUGCUGCCGCUUCCUCUCCACCCGAAGGAAGGGAUUGUCCACCUGCCACACCGCCCCCGCCACCUCCUCCUCCUCCGCCCCACGGGCACCCCCUGACCUCAAACAGGCUCUCCUUUCCACCCACCCCAGCCUUUAACAGUGCCAUCAGCGGCGGUGACGUGCCCCCUCCGCUGCCCCCCAAGUCUCCCCACUUGCUGUCCCAGUUCCAUAAGCCAAGCAGUAUUCAGUCGCUGCCGCUUCCUCCCACCCCUGGCCUUCCUCAGCCCACAGCAGUGGCGGAGACCAGGAAGAAGAGACCAGGCCGAGGCGCAGGAACCGGUGCUGGGAAGCUAGUCAUACCUCCACAGCCACCAGCAAGAUCACCAACAACUGAACUUACGAGCAAGUCUGGAGUCUCAGCCUGGGCUGCAGCUCAUGACCCCUACCCACCACUUAAAAAUGGAAAUAUGCACAUCAUUGAUGACUUUGAAUCUAAAUUCACUUUCCAUUCUGUGGAAGAUUUCCCCCCACCUGAUGAAUUCAAGCCAUUUCAGAAAAUAUAUCCCAGCAAGAUAGCUAGAGAUCCCUCCAAAAAUCCUCCAUUAAGAACACACGUGAGAUGAGAAGAGUCUUCUGAUGCUCUCCGCAUUAGUAUUAAAAAAAGAACAACAAGAUAAUACAUAAAACAGAAGGGGUCCUGAUUACAGUGAUAGAGAUUAUAUUUGAAUUGCAAGUGCUGCAAUGUUAACAUUUCUAUAAACUGGAAUAGUGAUGUAAAUGAUACUUUUUGAACUGGCCUGCAUACUACAGGAAUGUUAGUACAGGCUUUUAAAUUAUUGUAUAUGGGUGGAUAUUUUUUAAGCAAAGCAACAUAAAAUUUAAAUUCUUGGUAGUGUUGAAACAAUUCUCAUUUUUAUUAUGCUGACAGCUGUUACCUCAGAAUACUUUCUGCAUUACAUGGCUGUAGUUAAUUUUUCCCAUUCCAUCAUCAUUUUUAAGUAUUUUGGAAAUAAGAUCUUCAGUUAUUAUUCAGACAUUUUUCAAUGAACUAUCAGACACUAACAUGCUACCUUUAGUCUCCUUGUAUGUUUCUUCACUUCUUCUAUUCUGCCUAUCCUCAGAUUGCAGCAGACUGUCACUUUCAUGAACAGAAAAGCCCACAAUCCUUUUCUUAUUGAGGAUGAAGAGAUGACAAGGAAUGGUGGCUGCUGUUGAGCUUACCUCCUAUUGAUUACAGAUCCUUAUAGGAUAGUGUCUGAAGAAGCCCGGCUGGGUAGGGUGGUCAUGGACUUAAACAAGACAGAACUUUUCCAAACUAGAGGAAAAGAAAGUUGUUCUACUGUAAGCAAAAAAACCAAGUGGUGUGUGUGAAUGCAUAUGCCAUGAAGUUUGUAUGUAAGGGCACAUAUCCUGUCUUUUCCUGCUGGCAAAGUGGGUAUCUACCAUUUGUGUGACAGACCAUCUUUACCCAGCAAUUGGGAGGCCUUUGGAUAAGGAGUCCAACACCUACAUCUUAAACAGGCAACUAAAGCUACUAUUGUUCACCCACAGCAGCAGUGAGGAUUCGUUGUCCAAAAUACACCACAUGGAACAAGCAGUCCCCAAAGCGGUUGUUCUCUUCUCACAACUGUACUCGGCACUGGUGAGGCCACACUUUGAGUCCUGUGUUCAGUUUUGGGCCCUCACUACAAGAAAGACAUUGAGGUCCAAAUAUCUGGACCAAAGAAGGGCAACAAAGCUGGUGAAGGGUCUGGAGCACAAGUCUUAUGAGGAGUGGCUGAGGGAACUGGGGUUGUUUAGCCUGGAGAAGAGGAGGCUGAGGGGAGACCUUAUCGCUCUCUACAACUACCUGAAAGGAGGUUGUAGCCAGGUGGGGGUCAGUCUCUUCUCCCAAGUAAGAAGUGAUAGGACAAGAGGAAAUGGCCUCACAUUGUGCUGGGGAGGUUCAGCUUGGAUAUUGGGAAAAGUUUCUUCACCAAAAGGGUUGUCAGUCACUGGAACAGGCUGCCCAGGGAAGUGGUUGAGUCACCAUCCCUGGAGGUAUUUAAAAGAUGUGUAGAUGUGGUGCUUAGGGACACGGUUCAGUGGUGGACUUGGCAGUGCUAGGUUAAUGGUUAGACUUGAUUGAUCUUAAAGGUCCUUUCUAACCUAAAGGAUUCUAUGAUUCACCAGCUUGGAAAAAAAGGCACUGCUGUUCCAGGGUGAGCUAACAGCCUGGUGCUAACAGCCAGGCUAUUUACACUUCUGGCAUUAAUUUAUAUAAUUGCCAUAAAUUCCUCUCAGCUGCAGCUGUAAUAACAUUAUAGAUCACAGGUGAAGAUCUUUCCCCACAGCCAUGCCUUUGAACAAAACUAUUUGGAAGAGACAGGUAACUGCAUUAUUACAUAUGUCUGCUUUUCUCUCAGUUCAUGCAGCAGCUCAGUAAUGCUGUAAUGCCUACUCACACACGGGCAUGCUCAUGGUGUGGAGAUGGUGGAAGGAUAAGCAGCUCAUCACCUGUAGGACUCUAAGAAAGCAUGAUUAGUCUUUUUCUAGCCUCUUAUGAUACAUUGUUGUAUGUCUUGUGAAAAGAAAAAAACCAUAAGUGAUACUUUGACCAAUACUUACUGUCAUUAUUAUAGUUACUUGAUAAAUAUGCAUGAAUAUAGUAAUAAGCAGGGAUCAGCAUAUACGUUGCUUCAACAACUGGAAAAGUUUAAUACUGCUUUGAAGAAUAUUUUGUUAUAGUACUAUUAAAGGUGACUUUAUUGUUGGUUCUCAUUUGUUCUGGAACUUGCGUACUGCUCUGUAAUAAGUACCUUUGUAAGGAUUUUAAAACUACUUAAUGCUAGACUACCUGCCAGAAAAUAUCUAAAGGAAAAAAAAGUUACUCCUGUUUUUAUUAUGCUUAGGGGUAAUUUUAGAAGCAAACAAGAUCUUUCAGGGAUUAAAUUAGAAAGCCUGUGCAUAUUUGCAAGCAUUGGUGAAAUGUUAUUUCUGUAUAUACUCAAUUGUUGAUGAAGAUCCAUUGAAGCUUCUGAAGUUGCUGUUACCUGGAGAUAGACUCCCCAGUGGCAGUUGGUCCCUCUGUGUCCUACACUCAAUCCCAUUGGAAGCUUUAAAGCCAUGGGG